GAUGAUCUCAUACUCUUUAUCAUGCAUUAUCUUUUUUCUGAAGCUUGAGCUGUGGCCAAAAAAUUUCUCCAGCUGUUUUUGAGUCGAAAUUGCGAGAAUGUCUGGCUCUGAACGGGAGAGAGAAGAGCAGAGGAAGCCAGAGGAGAUGCAGAACUUACCACCGACGCCAGAAUCUCAUCCACAAGACGAGUUUUCAGCGGAAGGUUCUGAAAGUUCAGCGGCGUCGGAUCGAAGGCGGUAUCAGAGAGGAGGAAGGAAGAAGAGCACAAGUGCGAGAGAACCGAGGAAGAGUCGAAUAGGACCUGUUCCCGAGCCAGAAGGUCAAGAUGAAGAUGAGCAGUACGAGGAAGCGGAACGAGCACUUAUCCAGGACGAACCGGACGAGCCCAUAGGUGAGGAGGAGCACGAUGAUCCAGAAGAAGGAUACUACGAAGAAGGAGAAGAGGAGGAGGAGGAACAAGAAGCUGCCAGUCCGAAGAACGAGACUCUGUGUUCGAAAUGUGCGGCCAAGACUCAACAGCCUGAACAACAGCAGCAGAAGGCACCAUCACCGUUCGAAACGGGCAUCAAGGCAUUCAACCUCAAGAGAGCAGAAGCCUCUGGUGGACGACCGAUCGGUGUGAGAGCGACACCGAAUACGUCGGGCAAGAAAUCCACCGAUUCGAAGAAAUCGAAGAAGACAAAGAAGAGUAGGAAAGCCAAAGUGGAAAGCGACAGUGAGGAAGAAGGGAGUGAUGAUUCUUUUGAAGAGCAGAAGCAGAAACCAAUGUCUAUCAGACUUGAUCUCAAUUUGAUGGUGGAGAUCUUCUUGAAGGCGAAGAUUAAGGGAGAUGUUACGAUUACUUUCUUGUGAAUAUUGCGUUCCUUCUUUGUUCAAGUCAUUGCUGACAUUUGUUUAAGGGAGUAAGAAUCGUGGCUUUCAUCCUGAUUCAGUCACUCAUCCUCUCUAACGACACAUAUCGGAUCAUCAAGAGUUUGGCAUUCUAGCAUGAAGGCGCAAGACGCAUUGCGCUCUUCUGAACCAACUUUUCACGAUGGAACACUUUGCGCAAUACCAACCUUCUCAUCUCCCAUCGGGCUGAAAGGCGCUCACAACCAACUUCCUCGAUCCAAUGCACGCUCUUCCCUCCAUUUUGCCUUCGAACUCAAAUCACGACCAAAUAAGAGUUGGUUGUUAGCCUGGUACUCAGCGGGCACAAAGGCACACGGGAAUACCUCCGCGAGAAGUUGGAAUGCACUAUAAUCGACACCUAUCACUUCGCGCCAAGCAUCGCACGAGGUUAGGCAUUAGCUUUGAACUCAAACG